CGCUAUAUGAGCGGCAGGAAGCCCCGCCGCGGAGGGAAGGGGAGGGACGGGGCGCCCGGAGAGGCUCCACGGGCAGCGCAGGCAGACAGCAAGGCAGCGGCACUAGCAGCAGCGACCGCCCGUCCGCCCUUCCCUGGCCAUGGGGCUCGGCGCCCCGCCAGCCCCUUGCGCCCUGCCGCUGCAAACUGCUCUCCAUGGCUUAAAUGGACAUCAAAGCAUGUCUCUCUGCUGGAAUGUACAUCCCUGGAUGAUCUGAUCCUUCAUGAGCUAACUUCCAAGAUACAAAAUAAAUAACCACCCUUUUCGCUCUACAAUCUGCUUUCUUUAAUUUAUGGCUUGCUCCCACACAGAAAACCUAAAUUUUAAUGCUGAUAUCUCUCUCCUCUAAAUCUUCUGGAGUGUGGAAGGACAAGGGUCUGUCUUUGUUGAACGUUCACUGGGAGAGGCUAGCAGCAGUGUAAGGGACUUGGAAGCGCUGUGAGGAAGUGAAAGGAAAUACCUAGCUUUGCCUUUUUGAAGCCUGUUUAGGGGAAAUAUAGCUUCUUCCCUUAUGGAUGGAGUUUGUAUGUUCAGCCUAAGCCUGGGGUGGUAACUGGCAGGUGCCUGCAGCACCCUUUCCUUUUUGCCUUACGCUGGACCCUACAUUGGGCUUGACGGCAGAAACUGAGUGGGAAAGAUGGUCGUCAUAAGGAGGAGGAACGUGAAAGUGUUUACCUUCGCCUUUCUGCUCAUCACGGUAACAUCAUUUCUGCUGAACUACACACACCAGGUGACCACCAACACAUGGGACCCGAGACAUCUCAUCGUGCAGUUUUCAGAGCAAGUCCAGAAGCUCUUCAAGUACCCCAAGAGACCGUGCAGCUGUCGCACGUGCACCUCGGAGCUGGGAUGUUCCCUCUGGUUCGACCAGAGAUUUAAUUCAACUAUGCAACCUUUCCUGACCUCACAAAAUGCCUUGAUCCCAGAAGACAGCUACAGGUGGUGGCUGAAACUGCAAGGAGAGAAAACUCCAAAGAAUAUUAACGCUACCCUCAAGGAAUUUUUUGGGAUCAUUCCUGGGGAUGGGGACCCGCUGCAGGAGCGAGGCACUUUCACGUGCAGACGAUGCGCUGUCGUGGGCAACUCUGGGAACCUGCGGCAGUCACAGUAUGGCCAAGAAAUUGACUCCCAUGACUUUGUGCUCAGAAUGAACCGUGCCCCCACGGCUGGCUAUGAAUCAGAUGUUGGGAGCAAGACUACACACCACUUCGUUUACCCUGAGAGCUACAAAGAGCUGGCAGAAAAUGUGAGCAUGAUCCUGAUCCCCUUCAAAACGCUGGACCUGCACUGGGUUGUCAGCGCUCUCACCACAGGCACCAUCAACUUUACAUAUGUUCCAGUUCCACGGAAAAUCAAAGUCAAAAAAGAGAAGAUCCUGGUUUAUAAUCCAGCUUUUAUGAAAUAUGUCUAUGAAAACUGGCUCGAGCAUCAUGGAAGAUACCCCUCCACAGGCCUUCUGUCUUUGGUGUUUGCACUUCACGUAUGUGAUGAGGUGAAUGUGUACGGUUUUGGAGCAGACAGCAAAGGACACUGGCAUCACUACUGGGAAAACAACGCCUCAGCCGGGGCUUUCCGGAAGACAGGUGUCCAUGAUGGGGAUUUUGAGUUCAAUUUAACUUUGACUCUUGCCUCCAUUGAAAAAAUAAGUUUUUUCAAGGGCAGAUGACCCUGGCCACGGGGAGAAGUGGGGGCUGCAAUUUCCAACAUGCAGCAGGACAAAGGUCGGUGAAGAUUAUGUGGGCUCCAGCCAGGUUUGAAUGCGUGAAUCUGCGGUGGAUUCGGAGCAUCUCCCUGCUGCAGUGCUCACUGCAGGGAGCAUGGCCGAGGACCGGCAUUCACGCUGCACGUGAUUUCCUAUCCACAGAUAGCUGGGAACUACCAAUCAGUUGUGGGAAUAAAUGAACCUCUGCUUAGGCUCUACAGCUUGAUUCCUGAAUGACUGAUGAAAGAUCCGCCUGUUGCAGUUAGGGUAAACCUGGGCACAGGAGCUGCUGGUUGUGUGUCCAUUCUUUCCUCGAGUAAGGGAGGAGAUCCUUGAAGUAGAGUGAAAACAACUUCUGCAACUUGAGACCUGCUGGGGCAACUGUGAACAUCAUAGUAAGGAUUACCUCAAAGAAACGAAUUCACUUCUAUUGUUGAUCUUCUUUUUGAACUGUUUCUUCUGUUUCCUCUUACUACUUUUGGUUUCAUGCUGUAUUAAGAAAAAAAAAAGAUGACGUUGCCUGGAGUAGUAAAUAUUUCAACCAUUGCCUCAUUCUGCAUUGAUAGUGUUUAAAAACAUGUAUCAAAUCAUGUCUGAUUAUGUAUUAUUUAAUAUUGCUUCCUAUACAGCCAUAAUGAGACAGAAAACAAUACCGGAAACUCCAGCAAAAAAAAUGGCCUUUUUAGCCACUUGUUUGUCUUGUUUGGUUAUAUAUAAUCUUUAUUUCUUUUUUAUUUGGUGGAAAAUACUCUGGAAUGCUCAUUUUUAUUUCAUCCCUUGAAGGUUGGAAUGUGGACUUUUUUCUUUCAGUCAUUCAUAUGUGCCUUUUCUAAUUGUGCAACAGAUGUGAUUUUCUUUUUUUAAGAUGACAAACCACAAAUUAAAUUUUUUUAUAAGGGGGGUGGGGAAUUAACCAAAGUGUAGCCUCCAUGUGGUAUACUUUUGUAGUCAGAACCAAUAGCAACAGCUCCUAUACUGUGUUUGAGCAAACACAAACAAGACUCAUUUUUAAAGGUAGCUUUUACCUUUUUUAUGGGAAAAUAUCCAAAAGUUCCAAGGAAACUUUUUCUUCUUAUUUUUUUACAAAUCUAGAAAGUGAUAUCUCUUUACAAGGUCUCUAUUUGAAGUGGAUGAAAUAUCAUGGGUUGGGAUAUCAGCUAGUAAUACACUGGGAAUCUUUUGCCCUGUAGCAGCAUCUACAAGGACACAAUCUACACAAGCUGAUCCUACAGUGUAAGCCAGACUUCAAAAUCAUGUGCAUCUCUGGAGGAAGGAGUGUAUUAAUGUCAGUACCUGUAGGCAGUGAGACGAGGGAACCAACAGCAGAGAUUUUAUAUCUACCAAUUUUCACUGGAAUCAAUGCUUUUAACCCUCAGAGACAGAUAAAGUAUGAAUCCAAGAAGAGAGUUCAGGUAGUGAAGAAGGGAGAAUAGGUUUUUAUCCUUGAUAUCAUGAAAACAGGAUUCAUGAAUUAUUGACCCAUUUUCAGCUCUGGUGAAGCCAGGGGAGUUCUUGCCACAGAUUUCAAGGGACUUUCAAUCAAUCAGGCUUGGGAAAAAAUGGCAUAUUUCAUUUUUAAUGUAUUACAGUGGUUGGGGUUUGUGGCAAUUUAGAAAUCAUGAUCUAAAUUACUCCUCUUUCAUGCACCAGUUGUGGCAGCAUGUCCAAGCAGAUAAACAUUUGAGCUCAAUGAAAGCACAGCCCUUCGACCAAUGGUGUGCUUCAGACCAAGAUUUACCCCUUUGUCUUUCCGUGCCAAUUGUUAACAGCGAGCUCCCCUCCAAGGCAGCAAUUCAUGGCACAAUGGCACGGUCAGCUGGAAUAUCCCUAUUUUGGGCCACAGCACCAGUAGCCAACAUGAACUGCUUUACCCACAUGAGUAUUACUGGACUCACAAUGUAUAAAGAGCCGAGGAUGCCAAACGUCUGCACAGAGAACUGGGUUUCCUUUGCUGUACACAUGUAACCCUUCAGUUUAGCAAUAUGGAAAGGGCAGGAUUUUCAAAUCCUCAUGCUGAGACCUGUUUGUGAUCCUCAUGUCAAGAAGCCCUUUCCCAGUAAGGUGGCCAGCAGAACUCACCUGCAUGUCACAGGCGCAGCAAAUUCAAUGGGCUUGCUGUCUUCUACAUGUCCUUUUUGUAUGAGUGAAACAUGUCUACCUGAACAAUGCUUGUUUGUUUUAUUUAAGCAUUCUCACUGUUUAAGUUGUUAAUCAAUAUGCUUCUGGUGAGAUGCCACAGUAAUACAAGCAAAGUAACUAUAAGAGGAAAAAGACUCCAUGGAAGAUCCCAGUGAUAUCUUUCAUGGUGGUUUGGUACCCAAAUCCCAUUGAUUUUGGGUUUUUUUAUCAUGGGUGACAGUUUGGGGUCAAAGACAGUGGUAAAACAAUCAGCUACCUUCCAGCCUCUGUUGUUCUGAAAGUUUCCUUUUCCUGUCCAAAAUUAAAUCUCCAGUUUCCCUGAAUAUUCUGCCUCUGACAGCACAUAUAAAACAUCAUGGCUUGUACUAUUGUGGAUAGAUUUAAUGUCUUCAUCAUGGAACAAGCUGCAAUUCCCAUCUAAUUUUCUUGCCAAGAGCAAGCAGUAACUGUGUACCACUGAUGUCCAUUUUUCAGAGCGUGUGGAGAGCAGAGAGUGGACCUCUCCAGCUGCAGGGUGAGAGAUGGUCUGUGCCAUCACAUUUCUAUUCCAGAGGAACGUUUUCUAGAGUCCUUUAGGCAACUGGCUAUUCUGUUGGAUAUUUGUCUCAGUUCCUCCACAAUUUUGCUGCUCUUUCAAAUGCCUUCAGAAUAAGGAGAUUCCAACAGAUGAUGCUGAGGGAAGAAUUAAUUCCCACUGCCAUUGUGGAAGACUGUGGUCGUGCUGGAAACUUUCUGGGUUUAAUUUGUUGUAGAGAACUACAAAGCAAAAAGUUCAGCAACAUGUCAAGGUUUCAAAUUCUUGUACUGUAUUUGCCACCACUGCAAAGUUUCUGAAACACUCCUGGAGUAUGUGUUAUGUUUUUUACCAAAGCCAAAUCUCUUGAGCACUUUUUUUCUCCCAUGACCAGAUUUCCUUCCUAUUUUUCUUUGACUACACAAUCGAUUAUGAUAAUAAAUUCUUUUCUUUUUCUCUGA